GUUUGGCGGCCACUAGUAAAAAUCCCACGUCAAAACUAAGACUGCUUGGACAGUAGUCCCAAAUAAUCGAAGACAUUCAUAAUAUGUUAUUUAGAUCACAGCUAUAAUGUUUUCAGAAAAAACCGUUUCUCAGGUAAAUGAUACGUGCUGGUCAAAACUCGAAAAAUUCGCUGUUCAGAGAAGAUUCAUCGAUGAUGCUUACUACCAACCUGGAAACAAGUUGUGUCAAAGUGUUCUGGGUAAGAAAUCAGUAGUCAUAUUUGACAAUGAAGAUUUCCUUCAUCAACAAACAGAAAAGUUUAGGUGUCAUGUUCCUGCAUGUAUGAAAGUUUUCGAAACACUUAUUAGCUUUGAAGAUCACUAUAACACUCAGCAUCGGUAUGUUUGUGACACAUGCCACAAACGACUUCCAUCUCCUCAUCUUCUGGAUUUACACAUAUCUGAAACACAUGAUUCCUACUUUGCAGCACUGGCAGAAAGAAAACCCAUGUUCCAAUGCUUUGUUGAAAGUUGCAAUUUAAGAUUUUCAGACAAGAAGGAAAGACGCUCACAUUGCAUAGAAGUACAUAAAUUUCCUCCUGACUUCCGCUAUGAUUCUUCAAAAAAUGGAGAAAAGAAAAAGAAAAUAGUUCAGACAGAUUCCUCAGCAAGUACGUCGAAGCCAGGCAGAAUGUUGGGAUUCGGACAUACAUCGAACAGGGGUUUCUUUCGGAAUAGAGGUCGUGGAGGAACUCAUCGGAGUGAUAGAAAACCGCGAAGUACAAAUGAAGGAGAGGUGUCGAUGGCUGAUUUGGAAGAUGCGUUGCCAUCAAUGGAAUGACCGUGUACUGAUUGGCCAUUAUACCAUAAAACAUCAUAUU